AUGGCCAUGAUGAGAGGAUCUGAAAACAGAUUUGCAAAAGAUUUCAACAAGGACUCCGGACCAAGGACUCCGGACCAAGGACUCCGGACCAAGGACUCCGGACCAAGGACUCCGGACCAAGGACUCCGGACCAAGGACUCCGGACCAAGGACUCCGGACCAAGGACUCCGGACCAAGGACUCCGGACCAAGGACUCCGGACCAAGGACUCCGGACCAAGGACUCCGGACCAAGGACUCCGGACAAGGACCCGGACCAAGGACUCCGGACCAAGGACUCCGGACCAAGGACUCCGGACCAAGGACUCCGGACCAAGGACUCCGGACCAAGGACUCCGGACUCCGGACCAAGGACUCCGGACCAAGGACCCCGGACCAAGGACCCCGGACUCCGGACCAAGGACUCCGGACCAAGGACUCCGGACCAAGGACUCCGGACCAAGGACUCCGGACCAAGGACUCCGGACCAAGGACCCCGGACCAAGGACCCCGGACGGACUCCGGACCAAGGACUCCGGACCAAGGACUCCGGACCAAGGACUCCGGACCAAGGACUCCGGACCAAGGACUCCGGACCAAGGACUCCGGACCAAGGACUCCGGACCAAGGACUCCGGACCAAGGACUCCGGACCAAGGACUCCGGACCAAGGACUCCGGACCAAGGACUCCGGACCAAGGACUCCGGACCAAGGACUCCGGACCAAGGACUCCGGACCAAGGACUCCGGACCAAGGACUCCGGACCAAGGACUCCGGACCAAGGACUCCGGACCAAGGACUCCGGACCAAGGACUCCGGACCAAGGACUCCGGACCAAGGACUCCGGACCAAGGACUCCAGACCAAGGACUCCGGACCAAGUACUCUGGACCCGGCCCCAUCCUGCAGCCGUGUUGA